AUGGAAGCUAAAAAGGAUAAUAUAUUACAAUCAAUGAACUUGAUGAAUAAAAACCAAGGGAAGAGAAAGUUGAAAGAUGUGAAUUCUAACAAUAUGACUUACGGCGAAUAUCAUCGAAACAAAGUCCUGGCAAUCGAGAAAAACGAAAAUGUCAAUGAAGACAAUGAUGAACAAUAUGAAGUAGAAAGUGUUCAUUUCGUUAGCCCGCAAGAUAAGCUUGAAAAAGUAAUGAAUGGAACAGUUUGGAUUUAA